AUGCCUCCCAAGUUCGAUCCCUCCGAGGUGAAGGUCAUUCACCUCCGUGCGACCGGUGGUGAAGUCGGUGCCUCAUCCGCGCUCGCCCCCAAGAUCGGUCCCCUCGGUCUCUCGCCUAAGAAGGUCGGUGAAGAUAUCGCCAAGGCCACAGGUGACUGGAAGGGUCUCCGUGUCACCGUCAAGUUGACCAUCCAAAACCGUCAAGCCGCCGUUUCCGUCGUUCCCUCCGCUUCCUCCCUCGUCAUCAAGGCCCUCAAGGAGCCUCCCCGGGACCGCAAGAAGGAGAAGAACAUCAAGCACACCAAGAGCGUCCCCCUCGAUGAGAUCAUCAGCAUUGCCCGCACCAUGCGCUUCAAGUCGAUGGCCAAGUCCCUCCAGGGUACCGUUCUUGAGAUCCUCGGAACUGCCUUCAGCACCGGCUGCAAGGUUGACGGUCGCAGCCCCAAGGAUGUCUCUGAUGACAUCAAGGCUGGCGAGAUUGAGAUUCCUGAGGAGGCCAAUUGGUCGAAUUAUGCGUACAGCGUGUACGCGACCGACAGCACCCAGCUAUGCCACGCCGUGAUGGUCCUGGACGCGCUCGCUCGAUUCGGUAGCAAGGCAGACCGCGUCCUCUUCUACCCGGAGUUUUGGGACACAAAAGUAGACAGCGCUCAGGACCGAGACAGUCAACUACUCAACUUAGCGCGCGACGUAUACAAGGCAAAGCUUCAUCCUAUCAGGCUGCUUGAGGUAGCAGGCCGUACAGAAGGUGACUGGGUAUGGGACAAGACCGUCACGAAGCUCAUGGCCUUUGGCCUAGAGUACUACGACCGCGUAAUCGCUUUGGAGUCGCAGAUCACGCUCCUCGACGCUCUCGAUGAGCUCUUCCUCCUCCCUCAGACGCCGAUAGCGAUGGCACGGGCAUACUGGACGGAUAGCAAACCGUGGCCAUUGUCGACGACGCUCAUGGUAGUCAAGCCUAGCCUCGACGAGCUUGCGAAGUUCAAGAACCGCAUGGAAGGGGGUGGUGAUAGCAUGUUGGUCGAAAUGCACAGAUAUGACAUGGAGAUCCUCAACGAACGCUUUGAGGAGAGCGCGCUAGUACUUCCACAUCGACCUUACGCCCUUCGUACGGCAGAGUUCAGGCGCCACAAUCAUUCCGAGUAUCUGGGCAGCGCUGAUGAGCCAUGGGACGCUGAGAAGGUCUACAAGGAGGGGAAGAUCAUCCAGUUCAGCGACCUGCCGCUGCCUCCCCCAUCAGUCAUGUGGUCAGAACAGGCGUUAGAGGAGAUGCAGCCCGAUUGUGGGGGCAGCCCCGAGGGAACCUGCGCUGAGAGACGGAUAUGGAAGGGCUUAUAUGAGGAUUUCAGAAAGAGGCGGAAGGACGUUUGCAAGUUGCUCAGUGUGGCAGCACCGGACUGGACUAAGAUCAAAAGCGAGCUUCAUCACGAGGUUGUGACUGGGUCUGGUAGUGUUGCGCCGGUAGGUGAGGCUGCGUCUGCGCCUGCGUCUGGUUCUGGUUCUACUCCUGCUCCUGGUGCACCUUCACAUGAGAAAUAG